AUUACGUUACGUGAGAGUAGGUAAUAAUAAUAUGAAACAAAACUGCACAGAGAGAGAUAGAGAGAGUCGCGUGUGUGUUUUGGCGUGAUUAUUGAGAACGGCGUAGACACACACACAAACACACACGCGAAUACACGAUUCGAUUCAAUUUGAUUCUUAUGUAUAUACAUUAUAUAUAUAUAUAUAUAUAUAUAUAAGAGGAGGUAACAUCAUUCGAUUCCGAGUGUAGCCCCAUCCGGUCGCUACCUCCCUCCUCUUCUUCUACCGCGAAUUAAUAACCUUUCAGCCAGGUCCCAGAAAGACACACACAUUAUAUAUAUAUAUAUAUAUAUAUAUAUAUAUAUAUGUAUAAUUUUGAUAUAAAGUCGUUGAUUGAUAAAUUCAAGAAAAUGGGAUACUUCCCAUGCUUCGGUAGAAGGAAAGGGAUGAAGCUGAGAAGCGAGGGAGAAAGUAACCGAAUGUCAUUUCACAGACCUAAUGUCCCUGAUAUGCCUUCUGUUGGAUCAAAAAUCAACAAAGAGCCUAAACUGGAAUCAUUGGUUUCAAAAAAUGCUACACAUGCCAAUCAUAAAGUUGAGACAUUUACUUAUCGAGAGCUCGCAACUGCAACGAACAAUUUCAGGAUAGGGUCCCUUGUUGGGGAAGGUGGUUUUGGACCAGUAUACAAAGGGCAAAUACAGAGCACUGGUCAGGUUGUUGCUGUUAAAAAACUUAAUCAGACAGGUUUUCAAGGGGACAAAGAGUUUCUGAUGGAGGUUCUCAUGCUCUCUCUUCUGCAUCACUCUAACCUUGUCAAUUUAAUUGGUUACUGUUCUGAGGGGGACCAGCGCCUUCUUGUAUAUGAAUUCAUGCCCUUAGGAUCAUUAGAAUCUCACCUCCAUGAUUUAACACCUGAUAUGGUGCCACUGGAUUGGAACACUAGGAUGAAGAUAGCAGCUGGUGCAGCCAAAGGAUUGGACUACCUGCACAAUCAAGCUGACCCUCCUGUAAUCUACAGGGACUUGAAAUCAUCUAACAUAUUAUUGGGUGAGGGGUUUCACCCAAAACUUUCUGAUUUCGGGUUUGCAAAAUUUGGUCCUGAUGGGGAUAAAACGCAUGUCACCACCAGGGUCAUGGGCACUCGUGGGUAUUGUGCCCCUGAAUAUGCUGGCACUGGUAGACUGACAAAGAAGACAGACAUCUACAGUUUUGGUGUAGUCUUAUUGGAGCUGAUUACUGGACGGAGAGCAUUGGUUCCAACACAUGAACAUGGAAAAGAUACACUUGUACCGCUUGUUGAUUGGGUAAGUCCCAUGUUAAAAGACAGCAAGAACUUUAUGCAAUUUGCAGAUCCACAUCUGAAAGGCCAGUUCUCAGAGACUGUCUUUCGAAGUGCUGUAGAGUUGGCAUCGAUGUGUCUUAGAAUAGAUUCUAAUUCUCGCCCUGAUAUUAGCAAUGUGGUGUUUGCUUUGAAGUACUUGACUUCCCAGCAGCAUGAUCCAAGUGCAGCUCAUGGAAAUAGCAGUAAAGGUGAGAAAGGCAGAAAGAUAUCAGAGAGAGAAGGACGAAGAAACGAGGGCAUGGUUGAUCCCAAAGGGCCUGGGAGCAGCCCAGAUGAAAUAGGGAUGUUAAAGAAGGAUGCAGAUCGAGAGCAAGCUGUUGCAGAGGCCAAGAUGUGGGGAGAGAAUUGGAGAAAAAAGAGACGACAAAGUGCAGAACUUGAUAAUGGUAUAGUGAACAGGUAAUAGCAUAUGACAGAAGGAUCGACUUUCGUAAUAAAUGCUUAGACAGAAUUUGCAGUCACAGCAGAGUUGAGCAUAUUAGAGUUCAAUAUCAUUCAUGCAGUGUUAAGGGGCUUAGGCUUUAGAAGUUGUUUAUUCCAGUUGAAUGGCUAGAGUUCAGGAUGGACAAUAGUUGUAGAGACAGUACAGGAGAUGUUGGUUUGUAAUGGUUACCUGGGAUGGGAAAGAAGAAUACACUAAAGUAUAGAACAUUACUUCAUUGACGUUAUGUCAAUUCAUCCAAAAUGGAACAAGAGUGUUUGAGUUCCUAAUCUAGUAUAGUUACAUUUUACUAAAUUAUUAUGCGUGUGCAUAGGUUUCCAAAUUGUUCCAAUUGACUGUUUAUAUAUGGUUGCAUACAUCGAACCAGCUUUUCUGAAAUAAUUGUAUGAGAGUUAGAUUUUGUAA